AAGGCAACAUUUGCCAAGUUGGAGGAGGAAUUGCUCAAUGAGGCUCGAGCAUUCAACCAGAGGAGAAACCAGCACAAUAAAUUUGAUCUCCAUUAUCUUACUGUAAAUGUGGCGGUAAGAUAUGCCAAAGAGAUUAUCGAGGAGGCUCGAAAAAAGGGAGAGCGAUCGGUCUCCCUGGUUACUGGGGCUGGGAACAACUCCAUAAAUGGCAUCUCCAACACAAAAAAUGCCAUAAUGGGGGAAAUCCGAUUCAACAUGACCAAUUGUCGUGUGGCAGAAGAAAUCCGAUUCAACAUGACCAAUUGUCGUGUGGCAGAGCCUUGCAAUAAAGGUAUGAUUAAUGUUGAAUUCUGGUAG